CUAACCACCGGCCAUCGCCAUGGAGAUGAAACAGUCAAUGAUGGUGGACAGAGAGAACGAAGGAGGAGAGAAAGAGAAAGGGGAGGAGUCAUCGCAGGAGAACGGCAGACUCAUGCUGGCUGACGGAGGGGUGGCAGAGAAGGGGGGCCCCAAAGUGAACUCUGGUGGGGGGUCAGGAGGGGUGUCCAACGGGUACCCCACGUCCACAGCACCGAGCCCCAAGGAGGGAGCGGGGGGUGUACCCGCAGGGGCCCUCAGGACUCUGGUGGUCCAGCAGACCAGUCUGGACCAGCCCCGGGAGACCUGGAGCAAGAAGAUGGACUUUCUGUUGUCUGUGAUUGGCUACGCCGUGGACCUGGGAAAUGUGUGGCGCUUCCCCUACAUCUGCUACCAAAACGGAGGAGGUGCCUUCCUGCUGCCCUACAUGUUGAUGGCGGUAUUCGGCGGCGUGCCUCUGUUCUACAUGGAGCUGGCACUGGGGCAGUUCCACCGCAGUGGCUGCAUCUCCAUCUGGAAACACAUCUGCCCCAUCUUCAAGGGUAUCGGCUUCGCCAUCUGCAUCAUAGCGCUGUACAUUGCGUUCUACUACAACACCAUCAUGGCGUGGGCCCUGUACUACCUGCUGGCGUCGUUCCGGCCCACCCUCCCCUGGACCACGUGCUCCAACCCCUGGAACACGGUCAACUGUCUCCGCUACCUGUCCACCGACAGCAACGUCACCUGGACCAACACGUCCACCUCGCCCGCCGAGGAGUUCUAUACGCGUCAGGUACUGCAGGUGCACAUGUCUCCAGGUCUGCACCAGCUUGGCAGUGUGAGUUGGCAGCUGGCUCUCUGCCUCCUGUUCAUCUUCACCAUCGUCUACUUCAGCAUCUGGAAGGGAGUCAAGACCUCUGGCAAGGUGGUGUGGGUGACAGCCACCUUCCCCUACCUUGUCCUGCUGGUGCUGCUCGUUCGUGGGGCCACUCUGCCCGGGGCCUGGAGGGGCGUGGUCUUCUACCUCAAACCUGAUUGGGGGAAACUACUCAGCACCACAGUAUGGAUUGAUGCAGCAGCUCAGAUCUUCUUCUCUCUGGGGCCAGGUUUCGGGGUUCUCCUGGCCUUUGCCAGCUACAACCCCUUUCACAACAACUGUUACAAGGAUGCAUUGCUGACCAGCUCUGUGAACUGCCUGACCAGUUUCCUCUCUGGGUUUGUCAUCUUUACCGUGCUCGGCUACAUGGCUGAGAUGCGCAAAAUAGGUGUGGAGACCGUAGCCAAGGAUGCUGGUCCCAGUCUGCUGUUCAUCAUCUAUGCUGAAGCCAUCGCCAACAUGCCCGCUGCCACCUUCUUCGCCAUUAUCUUCUUCCUCAUGAUCAUCAUGCUGGGGCUGGACAGCACGUUUGCCGGUCUGGAGGGGGUGAUCACAGCCAUGCUGGAUGAGUUCCCCCAGUUGUUGUCUAGGAGGAGGGAGUGGUUUGUCCUGGGCCUGGUGUGUGUCUGCUACCUGGGAGCGCUCUCCACCCUCACCUACGGAGGUGCGUUUGUGGUGAAACUGUUUGAGGAGUACGCCACGGGACCUGCUGUCAUCACUGUCGUCUUCCUAGAAGUCAUCGCCGUUUCCUGGUUCUACGGCACAAGUCGUUUCUGUGCUGAUGUCCAUAUGAUGCUGGGCUUCUCGCCUGGAUUGUUCUGGAGGGUGUGCUGGGUGGCCAUCUGCCCAAUCUUCCUACUGUUCAUCAUUGUCAGUUUCCUGGCAUUCCCCCCGGAGGUCAAGUUGUUUGACUACGUCUACCCACCUUGGACAACUGUUCUGGGCUACUGCAUCGGAGUGUCCUCCUUCAUCUGUGUACCAGCCUACAUGGUGUACCACCUGCUCACUGCCAAAGGGACCUUUAAACAGCGUCUCCUGAAGGGCAUCACCCCUGUACCCAGUGGGCCUCACAGUGACAUUAUCAUCACCCACGCUGUCUGACCCAGUGGUCUGACCAGGCCCGGUGGACUACACCCCCCUCUGCUGGACAUAGAGCACAACUGCAGGACGGGGAGGGUUCGUCCCUUCCCCCGCUUCUCCUCCAGAACCCCCACAGCAGACUUCAGCACUAAGGCACCCCGUCCAUCCCACUGACUCCAGGGGUGAGGUGGAGUGCCGGGCCACACUGUCUGCAGCGUCCCACCCCUCCUCCCGUCAUCUCCCUCCUGGCUCAUUCUGUUAGCUAACCGUUAGCGGCUAAUGGCGUCACUGUUUUCAUACUGGCCCAUGCCGGUCAGAGCAUUUCAACCACCAGACAGAGGGUUUUAGAUGCCACAGCACAAUGACAUGUGUACUGUUACAAUUGGAAUCCAUCCAUUCAGUAUGAUUCAUAAACAUACACACGCACUCUUCCUUGUCUCUGUUCUGUCAGGUCCACUUUUAUAUCACAAACAAACAUCUCACGGCUUCAUUUGACCUUCGAUCCUUGUUUCAUGAGUUCUGCUUUCAGAUAUUUAGCCGGACAUUGACUGCAAAAUCCAGGAAUCUUUUUACAUGUCUAAAUGAAGCCAAAUGUUCCAUGGAUAUUUCUACAGGUAUUUCCAGAUGUGAGCUGUUGUCAUGUUUUAGGAUGACUUGGUGGGAGGUUGUCAGUGUUUCUGAAUGGGAUGGCUGAACCUAUGAAGGGCCUUGAUGAAUGUCAGAGCGUCUCCACACGGUGAAGCGCUGUAUGUUGGUGUAGUAUGACGCACUGCAGUACUGAUUAUGCUCUGUAAGCAUAUCCAGGUUGUUGGGGAACAUAGAGACAAGUUCAGAAGAGAACACAGGGCUUUGUCCAGUCAUAUGUGGGGGGAUUCUUGAGUUGCAGUAUGGAAGGCUCUGUUGUGUGUGUGUGUGUGUGUGUGUGUGUGUGUGUGUGUGUGUGUGUGUGUGUGUGUGUGUGUGUGUGUGUGUGUGUGUGUGUGUGUGUGUGUGUGUGUGUGUGUGUGUGUGUGUGUGUGUGUGUGUGUGUGUGUGUGUGUCAGAAAAAAAAUGGAAGGAACAUGGGAAGAAGCUACCCUGUGCAGAUUAGAAGGAGUCGUGGGUUAUAUUAUUGCAAUAUACAUAUAUAUAUUUAUUUUAAAUAAUAAUUAUUGCUGUCAAAUCUAUGUAUGCUUUCAUGUCAUUUACCAAAAAUUGACAUGCUGAUUUAGUUUGAUUUAGUUUCUUAAUAUGUAAAACACCAUUUACAUGUUAAUUACUUAUAGUGGGAACCAAAUAUCGAUCACAACUAUUUUCAUUUCCAUCGCUCAGUCCUCAAGGUUAUGUCUGAAACAGGUAUCAUCUGUCUUUACUCUCUACCAAAUCAUCUGUUGUGUGUUGGAAUGGGAGUAAAAAUAUGGCAUGUACGUGUGUAUUAAGUGAGUCUUGGUAUCGGUGUAUGUCUCUUUGUUCUGUGAAUACCUGUCUACUCUCUUGAACGCAUUACUGUAUGCCUGUGCGUGCCUCAGACCUGGGUUCAAAUACUAUAGGGAAUCUUUCAAAUACUUUGUGUUUUCUUUGGCCUGCCUAGUGCCAGAUGGGAGGGGUUUGUUUUAGCCUGUCUAGUCCCAGAUGGGAGGGGUUUGUUUUAGCCUGUCUAGUCCCAGAUGGGAGGGGUUUGUUUUAGCCUGUCUAGUGCCAGAUGGGAGGGGUUUGUUUUAGCCUGUCUAGUGCCAGAUGGGAGGGGUUUGUUUUAGCCUGUCUAGUGCCAGAUGGGAGGGGUUUGUUUUAGCCUGUCUAGUGCCAGAUGGGAAGGGUUUGUUUUAGCCUGUCUAGUGCCAGAUGGGAGGGGUUUGUUUUAGCCUGCCUAGUGCCAGAUGGGCGGGGUUUGUUUUAGCCUGUCUAGUGCCAGAUGGGCGGGGUUUGUUUUAGCCUGUCUAGUGCCAGAUGGGCGGGGUUUGUUUUAGGCUGUCUAGUGCCAGAUGGGAGGGGUUUGUUUUAGCCUGUCUAGUGCCAGAUGGGAAGGGUUUGUUUUAGCCUGUCUAGUGCCAGAUGGGCGGGGUUUGUUUUAGCCUGUCUAGUGCCAGAUGGGCGGGGUUUGUUUUAGCCUGUCUAGUGCCAGAUGGGAAGGGUUUGUUUUAGCCUGUCUAGUGCCAGAUGGGAGGUGUUUGUUUUAGCCUGUCUAGUGCCAGAUGGGAGGGGUUUGUUUUAGCCUGUCUAGUGCCAGAUGGGCGGGGUUUGUUUUAGCCUGUCUAGUGCCAGAUGGGAAGGGUUUGUUUUAGCCUGUCUAGUGCCAGAUGGGCGGGGUUUGUUUUAGCCUGUCUAGUGCCAGAUGGGCGGGGUUUGUUUUAGCCUGUCCAGUGCCAGAUGGGCGGGGUUUGCGACUAUUCUAUUUGUUCUAUUGAACCAGGCAAUCAAAUCUGAAGUAUUUGAAAGGAUUUCAAAUAGUAUUUUAACUCAGGAUUGGUGGACGUGUGAGCGUGCAUACCUUGCGUGUGUAUGUGCAAGCGUGCAUACAUGAGUGUGUGCGUGUGUACAUUAUGAACAGAAGUAGCAGUGUCAGACUUUAUGAGUGUGUGCAUGCCAAUGUGUGUAACCUGUGCUUCAACUUGUGUCUAUGAAGUGACCUUCUCUCGUGUUGUACUUCGCCAAAAUAUCCAAUGAAGAUGAUGUUAAAAUCGCUACCUUGUACCUCUCGAGCCUACAUAAUGUAUGAUCUAUGUACGUCUGUAAAAGAUUGUAUUGAGAAAUAAACCUGUAUAGAAGAAAGAUAUAAAUAUAUAUGAAUUAAUAGAUAAAUAAAGUUAAGAUGUAAAUGAGUA